CGAAAGGACCUUCCCGCCCGCCUGACCCGGCUGUGGGCGAACGCCGCCACGAACGCACGCGCGCCACCCACAGCUGAGGAACCUCGCAUCGUGUCUCGUCCAUGGCAAUGGGAUUGACAUGACCGGCGCAGCAAUACUCGAACAGGAAGAACAGGACGCCGAUCAAAACCAGGUUCUGUUCUACCGCGGAACGCGCUCCUGCAGAGAUGGCACGCGCGCCUGCCAUCUGCAGAGACGACGCUGCUGCGCAGCGCGCAGAUGCCGCUCGAUUGCCCUCCCGUCCACGCGAAGCCCUUCCAUCCCUGCAGCGCCAAAACGUCAUCGUCGUCGGGGUAGGCGGGAAGCCAGUAGUUGCCGUCCGCAUCGAGGGGUUGCCGUCCGCAUCGAGGGGGUUGCAAGUUCGACGGCUCGAGCGGCUGCGGUCCGCGAAAUCUUCUGGUUCGUCGCGAAUACCGCAAAAGCCGAGCGCGGGGACGUUGAGAAGUGCGGGCUGCCGAGCGAGAUCCUGCGCAUGUGCUCCCAGCAAAGGCUAAUUUUCGGUCGUUACGGACAUAUGAUGGUUGGACUGGGGCAAGGGAUGGUUGGACGGGGUCAAGGGAUGGUCGGACAGGUGCGACGAAUAGCAGAACGGAGACCAGGGGGCAACAUGCGAAUCAGAGGAGCAACAUGCGAGACUAGGGAGCAACAAGGGAGACGCGCGCCAUGGUAAUUAUCGAUAGGGACAAGUACGUGGAAUUCUGAACCUUCAGGAGAGGAGUUAUAUGCAUGGCCGGUAGCGAGGCAGGCGAGAGGGGCAGCAUGCAGGUAAAGGAGUAAUACUGACAAGCGACCAGGAGGAAUAGCACGCGGUAGACGG